AUGAGCCGCAAGGGAGAGGAACACCCAAAAACGGCUCCUCGUCUGAAGAAGAGGCGAGAUUCCUACGAUAGAAACGACAAAGAAACGAAAGUGCAGCCUGGCGACGUUUAUGGAGUUGCCAAGUGUCGCAACAAAAACAUCACAAACAAAGACGUGGAAGAUUCAUCUCUUGAUGAUUUGAAGCGUCACACAAGGUCCUACGCCCACAGAGGAGCCACACAAGAACUACGCCCACAGAGAGCGCCACGCAACGCCCACAAGGAAGCGCCACGCAGGUCCUACGCCCACAGGAAGCGCCACGCAAGGUCCUUCGCCCACAGGAAGCGCCACACGAAGUCCUACGCCCACGCCCCACGCAAGUCCUACGCCCACAGAAGCGCCACGCAAGGUCCUUCGCCCACAGGAAGCGCCACGCAAGGUCCUUCGCCACAGGAAGCGCCACGCAAGGUCCUUCGCCCACAGGAAGCGCCACUCAAGGUCCUUCGCCCACAGGAAGCGCACGCAAGGUCCUACGCCAACACAGGAAGCGCCACAAGGCACAGGAAGCGCCACGCAAGUCCUUCGCCACACAAGCGCCACCAUGAUCCUACGCCCACACAGAAGCGCCACGCAAGGUCCUUCGCCCACAGGAAGCGCCACGCAAGAUCUUACGCCCACAAGCGCCACGCAAGUCCUACCCACAGAAGCGCCACGCAGGUCCACGACGCCCACGCAAGUCCUACGCCCACAGGAAGCGCCACGCAAGGCCAACAGGAAGCGCCAUGCAAGUCCUUCGCCACACAGGAAGCGCCACGCAAGGUCCUACGCCACAGAGGAAGCGCCACGCGCCACGCAAGGUCCUACGCCAACAGGAAGCGUCACUCAAGGUCCUACGCCCACAGGAAGCGCCAUGCAAGGUCCUUCGCCCACACAGGAAGCGCCAUGCAAGGUCCUUCGCCACACAGAAGCGCCACAGAAGAUCCUACGCCCACAGAGGAAGCGCCACUCAAGGUCCUACGCCACAGAGGAAGCGCCACAGAAGUCCUACGCCCACACAGGAAGCGCACGGUCCUACGCCCACAGAGGAAGCGCCACGCAAGGUCCUACGCCCACAGGAAGCGCCACGCAAGGUCCUACGCCCACAGAGGAAGCGCCACCCAUCCUACGCCCACAGAGAAGCGCCACAGAAGAUCCUACGCCCUCAGAAGCCCACGCAAGAGGAAGCGCCACAUAAGAUCCUACGCCCUCAGGAAGCGCCACGCAAGGUCCUACGCCCACAGAGGAAGCGCCACACGAGAUCCUACGCCCACAGAGGAAGCGCCACAUAAGAUCCUACGCCCUCAGGAAGCGCCACGCAAGAGGAAGGCCACAGAAGAUCCUACGCCCUCAGGAAGCGCCACGCAAGGUCCUACGCCCACAGAGGAAGCGCCACACGAAUCCUACGCCACAGAGGAACGCCACAGAAAGCCCUCAGGAAGCGCCACGCAACCUAAGCGGUCCUACGCCCUCAGGAAGCGCCACAUAAGAUCCACUCCCUCAGGAAGCGCCCACAAGGUCCUACGCCCACAGAGAAGCGCCACACGAGAUCCUACCCACAGAGAAGCGCAGAAGAUCCACAGGAAGAUCCUACGCCCACAGAGGAAGCGCCACUCAAAGUCCUACGCCCACAGAGGAAGCGCCACAGAAGAUCCUACGCCCUCAGGAAGCGCCACGCAAGGUCCUACGCCCACAGAGGAAGCGCCACAGAGAUCUACGCCCUCAGGAAAGCGCCACGCAAGGUCCUCGCCACAGAGGAAGCGCCACUCCACAGAAGAUCCUACGCCCUCAGGAAGCGCCACGCAAGGUCCUACGCCCACAGAGGAAGCGCCACACGAGACUACGCCCAAAGAGAAGCGCCACAGAAGAUCCUACGCCCUCAGGAAGCGCCACGCAAGGUCCUACGCCACAGAGGAAGCGCCACACGAAGAUCCUACGCCCUCAGGAAGCGCCACGCAACUACGCCCACAGAGGAAGGCGCCACAAGAAGCGAUCCUACGCCCACAGGAAGCGCCACGCCCACAGCAAGCGUUCCUCACACGAGAUCCUACGCCCACAGAGGAAGCGCCACACGAGAUCCUACGCCCACACAGGAAGCGCCACGCAAGGUCCUUCGCCCACACAGGAAACGUGGCAGCAAACGAUGGUUUCCCGCCCGUCUCAUAA